CCAUCGCCGUCGUUUCUUUUAUGAUCAGCUUUAUAGUUGUUCAUUGUGUCAUUAUUGGUUGCGUAAAAAAACAGACAAAGUCCUUCAAAUCAGAGACACAGAAUUUCACAAUAUCAACAAAGGAUUCGUUUGAAUUGACUGAAGUACACAAUGUGACAACCACGGAAGAAACAGUUUAUUUGAAAAAGAAAUUCAGAGACACUGACAAAUCCAAACUCAUUAACAAGAUUGAAAAGGGAUGGAUUCCUCCGGAUUUUACGACUUUUAAAGAAGCAAUACACAUUUUAUCGGACGAAUUACACAUGAAAAGACAUAUAUGCAAACGUGUUAGUGAGAAAAUUAAAAUUAAGCUUGGAAGUACGCUCACAUCAAAGGUUUAUGCUGCAUAUGAGGAAAAUGACCCAGCCAAGAAUAUCUACUUUAUAGUGGUCACAAACGAAAACAUUGAUAUUCAUGAAAUGCAAGGAUUUCCUAUAAAGAGCCAGUAUAAGAGCAUGUCCGUUUCAGAAGACAAAAUGAUUUCAAGAGAAGAGAUAUGUCGGAAAUUACUCAUUUCUCGGACGAAAUUCCAAGAUAUGGGAAAAUCUUUGAAAGACGAAAAAAAAAAAUAUUUUUCAAUAUCCGAAUAUUUCGAAAAUUUCUUACAGUUGUCUCAAAGGUAGAAAAUUUGGUGAACCAGAACACAUGCAGUUUGAGGAAAAAGAAUGCAUAGUUCUAUCUGUUUUUUUAAAAGGGUGGAUCCCGGUUGGAUUCGAAAAAUUCCCAGAUAAAGUUGGAAACUAUUUCACUGAUGUGAGGGAGUUUCAAGGAGUAGAAAUGCAAGGAGAUAAAAGUGAAAUACUGUCAGGCAAAAUGGAAUCGAAGAUGUUCGAAACAAGCUUCAUAUCGUGCACUGUGCAAGGCAAGCUCAAAGUAGAAGGCGACAAUUCCACUUAUGCAUUAACGUGUGCUCAUGGAGUUCUAAGUGAGAGCAAUCUUUACGAAUUGAAACAACAUGGGACACCAAAAUACAUAAUGAAAGAGGGCGGAAACGACUUUAUCAAAACAAGUAUUGCCCCUGUAUGCGAGUUCGGAACCAUCAAAGAAUUAUAUCACGGUGAAAACGACGACGCUUUUCUUGACAUUGCUAUCAUCGAACCCAAAGAUGCAUUGAAAAACAUUUGAAACAACCGAUUUUCAAGCUCAGUUUCCGAGAAAAUUGCGAUAACAUAUUUGAUCCAUAUUCGGCAAUAGUUAUGAAAUAUGGAUGUACAUCAGGUUUGACAUUUGGGGUGUUCCAAAGGCGUAUCCCCUUUCUGGAGGUCGACCAACCUGAUUUUUUGGAAAUCGACGGAGUAACAAAACCAUUUUCAAAACCAGGUGACUCAGGGGCGCUUUUGCUGAAAGUCAAUCCCAAAAUAGUUAACAAUAAGUUACUUAAAGAUUUAGAACUCACAAGGACAGAUAUUAAUUGUUCCAUCGAUCAAAAAGAAAGCGGUAUUGGAUUCGAAGAGAACGAACACUUCCAAGUUAUCGGAAUCGUAUAUGGAAGUCCAAAAGGUUCAAACAUAACUUAUUGUACGCGAAUUACCCCCAGCAUGUCAGCGUUAGAAAAAGCGUAUUACUUUUCUUCGUAGAUCAGUUAUCUGACACUAAAUUGUGGGUCAAAAAAAGCGCAUAAGAAUGUUAGAACAAAGAUUGGAGGCUGCAUACCUACAACAAAUUCAAAUUAUAUCUUAUGAAUCCAAUCGAAUAAUUUCACCUGUGGUUAAGUUAAAUGGAAGAAGUUGACAAUACAUUAUACGCGUACACAUAUUAAUAGUAUUAAAGUUGCAUGGUGUUACAUUUUGUUCAGUUUUUGGUGUGAGAAUAGUUUGUAUCAUUUUGAUUGUUUAACAUUCAAUUCCAAUAAACCUAUUCAUUGUACCGUUAUAAUUGCAAACUAUUUCAAAAUGUGUAUUUGUAUCAUUGGAAAGACGUAUUUAGAUUGGUGAGAGAUAACACAUUUAUAGGAAUGAAUGUUGUUUGGUAAAGUAUCUCAAAACAUUUCCAUAUUUUGAUUAAAGUGUGAACAAGAAGAAUAAAGAUUUUCUUUACAUUUCUGUUUGAUAGACUUAAGAAUUGUGAAUUAUCUUCUUUUGGCAGACG